GAGCGAGACCACAGCAAACACGAAACGUUCUUAAAUCCUGUCGAUGUGAUGGUAGAGCCUUGUUGGAUGUUUCGUGAUUGCGAUAAACCGUGUCCUCAUUCUCACUCUUAUAUGGUACAUCCAUUCACGAACCAAACUCAAUUCACCGCCAGGCCCAGGCUAUUCUUUGCGUGGUAUCGUAUUCAGCCUGAGAGCAUUCGGUGUAUUCUCUCUGCCCCGAGAUGUAUCAGCUACCAUUGAUCUAUCACGGUGGGGUACCAACCAUCCAAAAGCUGUAGCCUCAAGCACGUUCCAUGUUGUGGCAGUUUAACCCCAAUUUCGUAAGUUGUCAAUGCCGGUGCAACAUCGAUCCAGCGGUAUCUUGUUCAAGUUCUUCUUUCGUGAUCCAUGGAACACUUUACAGGAUCAUACAGCACAUGUGUACCCGUGCUGGGUGUUGGUAGCAAUUCAUAUCCGUCAUUCGAACAGCCUAAAAGCCCGGAUUUUCUCAUCUCAGCUUCAUUUCCGCUCUCCACA